AGAAGAGCUGGCUAGAAUUAGCUGGAAUUAAAACCAGUAAUGAAACUCUGUCCAAAGACACUUAGCUUACCUGUGGUUUGGGUUCUGUUGUUAUUUGUUUUCUUUCGUCUUUAAUUAAUGAAGCGAGUUGCAAGGGCAGGAGGGGAAGAAGGAGGUGACUAGAGGAGGGAGAGGCAGGAGGGGUUCCAGUCUCCUGAGUACCUGUCAUCUCUGUGACGUGCACAGCCGGCUCUAGUUGUAUUUUAAAUGAAAUCUCAUCCUAAUGUAGACACUAUAUCUGGCAUUACAAUCCACCCUGUGAUCUGUCACUUUUACAUAUAUGCACAGGGGAGUGGAGCGGUUUCCAUAGAGAGGAGCUAUCACAGCCCACUACGACCAGUACCAGAGAAGACAAAGCUGCGACCCUGAACGGUCAGAAGUUCAGAGGACCUGCCGGGAGCAGCCCUCCUGGCCCGGAAGCUGGGCCCCUCUCCCUGAGCAUCUUCACUUCAGAGCAAAGUCCACUUACAGGGAGCGAUGCUGAUGCCCACUUACUUCCUGCUCCUUCUGCUGCUGCUCCUAGGAGGCCCAAGGACAAGCCUCUCCCACAAGUUCUACAACGCUGGACCAGUCUUCAGCUGCCUCAACACAGCCCUGUCUGAGGCCAAGAAGAACAAGCUGGAGGAUGUGCCCAUGCUGAGCAAGAAGAGCUUUGGCCACCUGCCCACACGAGAUCCUUCAGGAGAAGAAGAGGAAGAACAAAAACAUGUCAAGAACAAAAGAACUUUCUCAGGAGCCGCGGGUGGGAAUGGAGCUGGAAGCACCCGGUACAGAUACCAACCCCAAGCGCAGCACAAAGGGAAGCUGUACCCAGACAAGGCCAAAAGCGACCGGGGCACCAAGUUCACCCUGUCCCUUGACGUUCCCACCAACAUCAUGAACAUCCUCUUCAACAUCGACAAGGCCAAGAAUCUAAGAGCCAAGGCAGCAGCCAAUGCUCAGCUCAUGGCGCAGAUUGGGAAGAAGAAGUAGACCAAAGCCCAGGCAGGAGGGGGACACAUCGAGACAAGAGCCCCAGAGUGGAGGGUGAGGAAAACUGAGAACGUGCCCUCGAAUUUCAAAGGACAGUCCAUUUUCACAGGCUGCUCCACUGCUGUGCCUCUCUGACUCUCUGAUCCUCUCUUACUUCCAGUCUGGUUUCCCUUCUCUGUACAUAUACAUUCAAGCGCAGUAUUGCUCAGCCUGUGCCCACAAUGGAGGUUAACAUCUCUCCCCAUAUCCUCUGUCUGCUUUCUGGUUCCCUGUGGCAACAGACAAGUUCAUGCAGUGCCCCUCCUGUCCUCCCUGGUAUCCCCAUGUCUGAAGAGAGAGUUUUCAGGCUCCUUCCAUGUUCCACGUUGGUCUGAGCCUUGGCAGAGACAGGGAGAUGCACAGCUCACCCUCUUGAUACCAAAUACCUCCCCAACUUCCUCAUCUGGAUUAAAGUCAGUGGCUUCUUGAA